UCAUGCAACGGCAAAUAUAUAAAAGCCAUACAACUCACUUAAAGAAAAUAGUUCAAGUCCAACAUUGUAAUGUGUGUUGCAGCCCACCUUCUACUUCACCACCUCCAUGUUGUCUUUUCGGAUCAAUCAAGGAAUUACCAGUACAAACAUGAAACCAGCGGUUGUGAUCACGCUAUGCUGGCUGUUAGCACUAUCCGAUUCCCAUGUUCUCGCAGCUCAUAAUUACCUUUACCCAAGUCCUAUCCCGUAUGCCCUGGGCUAUUCCUAUCACAACCCAACAUUGUUUCAUCCAUACACGUACGAUGUUGCCCUGAAAGAGCAAUUAUCCAAUUACCAGAAUGAAGGAGUCGAAAGCGAUGAUGGAGCAUCUUCAAAAUUAGGUGUAAAUGGUGAAACUGUAAAGGAUAGAGAAAAUGGAGUCGAAAUUGUAAAAUUACCAACGUCAAUGCCCCGGACCAAUGGCGACUUAAAGUAUUACACAUUCAGCUAUCCAAUUGUUUAUACUAUCCCAACACCUUUAUCAUGGCCAGCAGCAAGUCAAUUUCAUCGCCAGGAUGAACUAGGGCAAUAUCAUUAUGGAUAUGCAAAUGCUCUGAGUGCAAAAGAGGAAGUAAAAACACUGGACGGCGUGACCCGUGGAUCUUAUUCGUAUAUUGAUAGCAACCACAAACUGCAAACAGUCCAUUACGUUUCAGAUGCAGCUGGCUUUCGAGUCUCAGCCACAAACUUGCCAAAGGAUCCAGAACCUGUGGAAAUUCCAGACUCUGAUGAGAUACGCUUAGCAAAAUUGGAGCACUUUAAAGCACAACAUGAAGCCCUUGAACGUUUGCGAAUAGCCAACUUGGAGGAUGCAAGAAGAGCGGAAAGUGAAAAAAAUUUGUAAGAUUAGUAUCAGGAAGUUUUUCCAGGAUUAAAGUAAAUUAGGUUAGGGAUUCAAUGGUAAUUACAGUCGAUUACAAUCAGUUAAUGAGUUAA